AAUGAUGCUGUGGAAAAUCAGCUGAUUUGACGUAGUCAGCUGUCACAAAUUAACAACAAAGAAACUCUCAAAGAGUACGAAGGAAAACUGCGUAAAAACAGUGCAAAAGGUGUUAUUGAAGUGAAAAAGAUCAAAUUUCUCAUUAGUGUAGAAUAAUGCUUGAUCUUGAGGUGGUUCCUGAGAGAUCCCUGAGUGAUCUGAGUGACAAACAAUGGGAAUUUAUUUUAGGAAUGCACUUUUCCCAGGCUGUAGGGAUCAUUCAGUCUCAAGUUGGUGUUAUAAAAGGCGUCCAAGUUCUCUACUCUGACACGAACCCCCUUGGGGUGGAUAUUGUGAUAAAUUUGCCGCAGGAUGGAAUAAGGCUGAUUUUUGAUCCUGUUGUGCAGCGACUAAAAAUCAUUGAAGUGUUCAAUAUGAAAUUGGUGAAGUUGAAGUACUGUGGCCUGCCCUUCAAUUCACCCGAAGUGGCUCCGUCGAUUGAGCAAAUCGAACACUCUUUCGGGGCGACGCAUCCGGGAGUGUAUGAUGCAGCCAAACAGCUAUUUGCUCUGCACUUCCGUGGGUUGAGUUUCUACUUUCCCGUGGACAGUAAAUUGCAACCAGGCUAUGCUCAUGGCCUGGGUUCGCUGCACUUUCCCAACGGUGCGUCGCCCGUGGUGUCCAAGAUGGCCAUCUACUGUGGCGGUAGCGUAUCUGAGGCCCGAGCUCCCGCCAUGCCACUCUCCUGCUACAGUCAACAACUGUACCUGGAGUCGGCCACGGUGUUGAGGAAUGCCGCUGGCACCAAAGGGCUCCGUCUACAACUCUACACGGAGGGUAAUGGACGUGCCCUUGAGCCACGAAAGCAAUGCAUGACGCGAGAGAUUCUCUUUGGCGACAGUUGCCAAGAUGUGGCCAGCAAUUUGGGUGCACCGAAUCGUGUGUUUUUCAAGAGUGAGGACAAGAUGAAGAUCCACGCUCCGAGUGCCAGUCGUCAUUCACAGGCAAAACGGAGUGAUUUCUUCUUCAACUUCUUCACCCUUGGCAUCGAUGUACUCUUCGAUGCACGCACACAGCGCUGCAAGAAGAUCAUCAUGCAUACCAACUUCCCUGGCCACUACAACUUCAACAUGUACCACCGAUGCGAAUUCCAACUUCAGCUGCCAGCCGAUAAGUCACCGGAGGAGGCAGCAUCCACUGCCCCCUUGAGCAUCUCGGCUUAUACCAAGUGGGAUUCCAUUAGCACCCGCCUAGAGCCGUCGGACAGACCCGUUGUGUUGCAUCGUGCAGGAUCAACAAAUACGGCUAAUCCUUUUGGCUCCACCUUCUGCUACGGCUACCAGGACAUCAUUUUUGAAGUGAUGCCCAACAACUAUAUCGCUUCCGUGACUCUCUAUACGAGCAACUCAUUCCCAAAAAUUUGGCCGCCGCCACUCACGUGCCAACAGAGCGUCAAUCCCAAUCGAACGGGACGAAAGCAGGAUGUGAAAAUAAGCGCUUGACGACGCCAUGGCGUCCCCGCUUUCGACCGGAGACCGGCCAGUGUCAUUGCGGAGGAACAGUGAAGAUGUCCCCUCUUUUGUGUGUCUCAUUUUAUUCUUAUUUCGUUUAUUUUUUUUCGGUUAUUUUCGUGAAAAAUCAAAUGCUCCCCACAUCUGUCUCAAUUCCCCAUCCUCUCCAGAAAAUUGCUCGAUCUCUUUCACGUGUUAAGCAACAGAAAACUCUACAAUCUAUCGCCUCGUAAAAAGAGUUAAAAAAAGAAACAUAUAAGAAAAAAUCAGUGAAUAUUAGAUGCAAUUGCAGUUAAAUCAAAUGGUAUGAUGAGAUUUUUUUUCAGUGUUGAUUGUGGUUAAAUAGGAAUGCAAUAGUUGAAUUAUUUUAUAUUUGAUAGAGAAAAAAAAGAACACCAAUAGUGCAUAAUUUAAAAACUGUUGAAGUCCAUUUUAAUCCGUAAAAAAGGUAUCAUUUAAAAAAAAAUUGCAUUGAACACUUUCUGUUCACUAGACAUUUUCAUGUAAUUUUAAGGAGUGUGCUAGCUCUUAAAUGAUAAAUUUUAAACUAUUAUGCAAGUAAUUGAAAUAAAUGUGAUUUUAAAAUA